AGCGACUUUCUGCAGCGCAAAAACGUGCACGGAUGGUGCACCCAGCAAACUGAUCUGCCGCGGCCGAGAGCGGCCGGUGCUCGGGGUCUCCAGAUCGCCGUGACCCGUCACCAUGCCUCUGAGACGCCUCCUGCUGGUCCUGGCGGCACACAUCGCCACCGGAUGUUUGAACAACCAGCUCUACUUCGGCCGUCUAACGUCCUUGCUCGAGCUGGAGAGCUUCUCGCUGCGCGACGGCUCCACGGCCUGCAACUGCUGCGGCCUCUGCAGCCAGAACGCCGCCUGCCUGAGCUUCACGCUCGACAAAAACAGUCGCCAGUGCACGCUGUACUCGGCCGUCGGCGGCCCGGCCGAGUUCAACCGCGACUCCCAGUGGAACCACCACAACCAGUUCUUCUUCAUGCCCAACAGCUCUCGGACCGGGGAGUUCUGUCGCUCUGACAGCGACUGCGUGACUCCAGGCGACGCGUGCCGAGGCCGCAUCUGCACCGCCGACCCGACGGUCACCUGCCGAGACCUGCACCAGAUCAACAGCGAACUGCCCGACCACCGCUACUGGGCCUACAUCGCCGGCAGAGAGAUGCUCGUGAAGUGCAGCAUGAGCCGCGGCGGCUACACCAAGCUACUGAGAGCCUCUCCUUCCGCCAGAUGGACAGUCCAAUCGCGGCUCAACCUCACCUCUUACGAAGAGGAUGGCACGCCAGACACGGACGGCCUCUACUCGAUACUGUGGGCUGCUGAUCAUAUCCGCGACUCCUCACCAGAUGCCACCUACUCGGUAUUUGUCGGCGGAACGCGUGUCGACGAUAAUGGAUCCGACAACUGGCGGGACUGGACCUUCAACCACCGGCGCAUCUUCUUCACUCCCACGAAGGACGUCAGCCUGCUGGGCGGCGUGCCGCUGUCGCUGCCCUACACUGUCGAGCACUCGGAGAGCUUCCAGUACAGCGACGGCAUCGGUCAGGUGUCGUUUCCGUACCUGCAGGACAACGGCUCGCCGAUCCUGAUGCAUUCCAACACGAACGCCGCGUCGCCGUUCGGCGGGCUGAUCCGCACCGGCGGACCCAUCCGCUGGUCGCCGCCGGCCGAUUAUCCAGACGAUGUCUACAUCUACAUCCGCGAGUGAACAAUCGGAGUACGGGGAGCAGGCCGCCUACCACGGACAAUAUUUAUUUACAGCGAUCUCUAGACACUUGUUAAGCGACCGCGUGCACAAUGAAGGUAUGCGAGCCAGACGAACAUUAUCUAACUUGAGGGACAAGAGUGUUCAGUCUCACAUGUCCCCGUCCCCAUAUCGCAAUCGGCCGGGGGGGGGGGGGGGGGGGUUAGCCUUUCAGCUAAGGGCGCAACUGCACCGUAUUAUUUUGAGAGGCAUCUGGAUUCUGGUGCCGUCACUUGCCGGACAGUUUAGGACUUGGUGCUGCCAUCUCUAAACGCCUAUCUCUUUACGUGCUGCCAUCUGCCCAUCUUUUGCUUUCUCCAAAGCUGCCAAAUCUGGCAGUCUCCCACAUUAAUACACGUUUUACCUGCCUUGA